AUGCAGUCCAUGAAGAACGCCGCUAAGGAAUUCAUUUCCCGUGAUAAGAAACAUGAUACCGAAGUCAGGGAAACCUUUAAUCCGGCUGUAACGAAGGAGGUCAUCAUUCCAAAGGAGACCGAGGAGACCACCAUCGCCGUUGAUCGAGAACUACAUCAGAGGCAUUAUCAGACCAGAGUGCAGCCCAUUGAGGACAAGGAGGUUUUACCGGAGGAGCACAGGCAUCAGGUUAUGCCAGUUGAGACCCGUGUCACCAAAGAUGCUGACGAAGACCUCGUAAGGAGAAGGCUUGAGGAAGAGAAACUGAAAUUCAAAUCUACUCGCGAGGUUCUUCCCGUCGAGCAUACCAACAUUGCCGGCGCUACCAUCACCGGCGAGCACGCCCACCAUCAUGUUUAUGAGCAAGUUCAACCCGUUAUCGAGCGUGAGGUUAUCCAGCCUGCCGUUAUCCACACCACUGUUCCAAUCCACGAAAGAAUCGAGCACGCCCCUACCUUCCAUCCCGUAACCGUCCAACCUAAGAUGACGCUCGAGGAAUACAGACGUGCCGGUGGUGUUCUUGAAGGCCGCAACGAGACAAUCGACAUGUUUGAGGGCGAGCCCGAGGUUAGGGAAAACGGUGGGGCUAACCAGACACACCCUGAUGCUUACGGACACGGAAAGCAUCGCCAUCACCAUUCAGGCCAUUCCUCACCUGUUCCGGGAAUCAACAACCGCAGUGUUCCCGCUCACUAG